AGCUGUGUGCAGCAGUGCCACAUGCAAUAAAACAGAAGGUUCAGGUUUCAUUCCUGCCUUUUUUUUCUGCAGACAUAGAAAUACUGGUAAACUUGCUAAACUUCUCCAUCAUACUACCAGCACUCAGUGUUCUAGAGACCAUGGGGCAGACUCUCAAGCUGAUGGGUGACUCUUCCUUGGAUGCAGUGGCAACUCCUAGCACAAUGACUUGCUGCUGUGCUCUGUUAGUUGUUCUUGCUAAAAGGAGGGAAUUGUGAUGUGUCGUAUGUGACUGUGCCUAGGCUGCUUCUAGGCCUGAGAUAGGAAGGACAGCUGGGAAACUUUUUCAUGUUCCAGGAAUGGGCAAUGGCUUUGACAAACCUAUGUGCUACCCCAUCAGGACAUUUGAGAUGUGCUCAUAAACAAUAAGCAAAGGAAUAGUUCCCACUUAAUUUUACCUCCAUUCCUCCUCAUAGCAAGUAAGACUGGGGAGCCAUUUUGGCUACAUUUUCUGAAUAUUAAUCACUGGAGAAUAAAACCAGGAAACAAAUGUUCCUGAUGCUGAAAAACUUCAAGGAAUAGUUUAGACAUAAUCCAAAAUUAACAUCAGUUCCCUUUUAACUCUUGUCUUCCUUCUUUUUCUUUCUACAGAAAGGAUGCAGUCCCCAGACUGGGUAACUAUGCAUUUGUUCCAUUAAUCGAAAACUGAAGAUUUCCAUGCCCCAUUGCAAUCUGCAUACACAGGAAAGUUAAAUACUAUUCCAUGGAUACAUUUUAGAAGCUUCUGCUGCAUGUAAAUAACCCUGGCACCUCUGUGUCAUGAAGUCCUUGAGAAUGUGCAAAAAAACCAACCUUCUGACUUCUAUAUGAAUCACUCUCUCAACUCCCAGUGACACGGAGCAUAUAUCUGAUCCCAGCCAGAACCUAAGCUCUGUUUCUUCUGUGGAAUCAACGCAACCUUUGAUUACUCCUGUAGCCUUCAGAAAUGACCGAAGAAGUGACAUAUGCAGACCUGAAGUUUGUGACAUUGGAAAAAUUACAAACCAAGGACAUCCAGACUGCCAGAGCAAAAGGGUCUCGCAGUCGAUCUUCCUGUUGGCAGCUGGCUGCAAUGGUGAUUGGGGUCAUCUGCCUAAGUUCAGUGGUAGCCACAGGAGUCUUAGCAGCCAAGUUCAUCUUGGUCUGCCACACUGUGCAUGAAAGGGAUGAAAACUUCACCCUGCAAAAGGCAAUUAUGGAAAACCUCAGCCAGCAGUUGGAGCACCUCCAGGCUCAGAAUUUGAACUUGUCAGAAACUAUAAAGCAACUUGCCACCUCCAGAGGAUAUAAAUGUACUCCUUGUCCUGAGACCUGGCUGCAGUAUGGGGAGAACUGUUACUACUUUUCAAAGGAAUGGAAAACUUGGCAAGAAAGCAAGGCUCGGUGCUCUGCUCUGGAGUCCAGAUUUCUUAAGAUAGAGAGUAAGAAAGAGCUGGACUUUGUAAUGCAAUCAGCACAGUCUUACGGUUCUUAUUCUUUCUGGACUGGGCUGUCUCACAAUGGAUCUGAGGGGCCCUGGCUAUGGGAGGAUGGAUCAGCUUUCUCCACAGAUCUGUUUCAGUUCCAAGAAACCAGCUCAAGACCUUUCCUAGAGUGUGUGUGGCUUCAGGGUUCAAACAUCGGCACUGCACAGUGUGGUGAAUACAAAUUUUGCAUUUGUGAGAAAAUGGUGGAUCCUGCAGUGAUUGAGCAAGUGAACUACUCAGACAGGCAGUAGUGUGCACAGCUUUGCAGAAAGCCUAUCCUGUGAUAUGCUGUUGCAGGGACAGGUUCUGACCCUGGGUUUGCAAUAAAGACAGAGUCUGAGCUCAGGUUAGCAUAAUGUCAGGGAUACUAUACUAUAAAGUUGUCCUCUGGUGAUGCACAUCAGCUAGGCUCCUUGUGCUUUUUUUUUUUUUUUGCUUUUUUUUUUUUUUUUCCCCAGGAACUUAAUUCCCUCUUUUUUCUUUCAGGCCUUGUGUUCUUGUGUAACCAGUUCUAUCCACAUCUUAUAUAUUCCAUUCUAAGUGAAGCAAAAUUAAGCACAUGAUUCCAGAACUCAAUUUUAUAGAUUGAUUCAUAUCACCAACAAUCUGUAAUCAAUGUACAUUAGCUAGGACAACACAUACAUGUUUUUAAAAAUGCAUCCAUUGGGUAAUCACACAUGAAUGACAUGAAUGCCCAUUUUACAAUAAACUGCCAAAUAUUUGAUUUAAUUUCAGUCCCUACCAGCUGGUAACUGGGUGAUACAAAGAAAUCAGAGCCUGUAUUAAAAGACAAAAUACUACUAGUUCUACUGGUUAGAUAGUAAAGUUUUGAAAUGAGAUUGCAUCCCCUAUGGGCUCAUAAACCAGAAAGCAAAUACAGAAUACAUCUUUAUUGAGGAAAGUCACCAAUUUUUAAUGCCAAGGGUGCCAGUCCAACUGCUAGUGGAUUCUGCUUCAUCAGGUAUUAGGGAAGAAGGCACAUUCCUCUAAGACAUCUGUCUUAAUAAUUAUCUAUGUCACAUCUGAUCUAGUUCUUUGAUAUCCCAAAUCCAUUUUCUAUCCUGUUCUAGAAUUUUACAACUGGAAUAAAUAUUGCUACAAAUGA